AGCAGAAGAUGAAAGCCAAAAUUGCCUGAAUUAACUGUUUGUUUGAGCAGAAUAACUCUGUUUACUGCACUGGAAGAGCUGCGGAGCAUUAUCGUUCGUGUUGGAGCUCUUUAAAAGGCCUGCCUGGAUUUAAUCCCGUCGCUCCACACAAUGCUGGCUACAGGAGCAGCUGUUACCUCAGCGCUGGCACAAGUGGACAGAGAGAAGAUCUACCAGUGGAUCAAUGAGCUGUCCAGUCCAGAGACCAGGGAGAACGCCCUGCUGGAGCUCAGCAAGAAAAGGGAGUCAGUCCCUGACCUUGCUCCCAUGCUGUGGCACUCAUGCGGCACCAUCGCUGCUCUACUACAGAGCCAGAGAAGCUCUGCACCAGUGCCUCCCUGACCAGCUUAAAGACACCACCUUUGCUCAGGUCCUGAAGGACGACACCACCACCAAGCGCUGGCUGGCCCAGCUGGUGAAGAACCUGCAAGAGGGUCAGGUGAGUGACCCCCGGGGCAUCCCUCUGCCUCCACAGUGACAGUCCCCGCUCCUCGCCCCGCCAAGGAACACCAGCAAACUGCCUAUCUGACGAGCCUUCAGUCCUAGACAUGCACAUGACACUGUUUUUAUCAAAGACUUUGACAGGAAAGGCUCCUUAUUAUUUUUUAUGUGCAGAUUCAACUCCGUUCCCACAGAGACAUUU